ACCGAAUUUGUACCCCCUACGAUCGACGGAAACGUCCGUUUAGCUUAUUUCGUCAUCGUUAUUGUAAACAUUUUAAAAAUAAAACCGUGUGUUUUUGUUUUAUUAAAUAUUAAAUUUAAGAUAUUUUUUGUAUCAAUAAUGGACACUAAUUGCAUUCCAACUUGUAGAGUUUGCAUGCAAAAAUCACCCGAAUUUGUUGAUUUUGAUAUGCCUCUUCAAAUUGAAAAUGAAGAAGACACUAGUAUUACAUAUUUGGAUUUUUUCUUUGAGUGCACACGCAUCGAAGUGGAACCCCUUGAAGAUGCAGGAGAAUCAUCAUACUGCUUUUGUUUACCAUGUGGCGAUGAACUUUGUUCGUUUUAUAAAUUCGUUAAAAUUGCACAAAUGACCGAUGGUCUUUUAAAAGCAGAAUAUAGAAAAAAUUCUAGGAAAAAUAAAAAUUCAACAUCACACAAGAUCAAUGAAUUGGAGGAGCUAGACAAAAACGUGUGUAGUGUAUUCGAGGAAAUAUUAUUGUGCCCCGAAAACAGCACAGAAAAGACUGAUCAAUGCAGAGAUGAAGAUGCAGAUAAAUGUCCGUUAGAAGAUGGAAACGAUCAGAAAACCGUUGAAAAUAUACGUUUGAUAAGUUUAACGGUGGAACCUUAUUUGGGAAAUAAAUUGAAAGCAAACAAUUGUUUGAGUGCAGAGUUCUCGAAAAGUUUGAAGCCCAAUGCGAAUGAAUUGAAAACAAAUGAAGACAAUUGCAAGAAGAGUACAACAAAGAAAUUAAUUAAGAAAAAGUCCAGAACAGGUACAUAA